GACAGCGCGGUUUCAGCUAACUCGCACGACAGAUCGCUUGUGAUCGGCGGUUAUGACAAUGCUCUCCUUUGGUGAUGAACCAAACACGAUGGCUAAGUCAAACUAUGAGGACUGGAAAGGUCAGGAAGGCAUGAAGGCUAACUUCAUUAGGCUCGUGUUACAGUCAGAAGAUGAAGGAACACAAAACAUUCUCAACCACUCGGAGAAGCUGAAAACUUGCGUAGUGACGAAGCUCUCGAGCGUCGUAUGGCUGCCCAACCCUUACUGGUCCAGAAUUGCUGAUGGAAUGAGCAUCGAAGCACACCCAAUAGGUUCUUCUACGGCGCGGAUAGAGUGCAGCCGAAUCCGUCAAACUUUAUUGGACAUCUCCGAUCACCGCCGUUACUGUCACGAUACUUAACGUGCAGCUCAUGAUCGAUGAACCCUAUACGGCUUCCGGUGAGCAGAUCAAGGUUGACCCCAGGUUAACGAACGUUCCUAUCGUAGGCUGCUCGGAUAUAAAGAACUACACUGUGCCCCAAGAGUCUGGAGGUAUGUUUCUGGCUAGUGCCUACCUGCUGGCCAAUCAGGACAAAGGUAAAAUCACCAUCACUCCGGAGUUUCCGGUACAGGGUAUUUCUCACACCAACAUUGAUGGGCGUCAAUGCUGUGAACAACCAGGUCAGUGUCGUGAUUUUGUCUUCGGAUGCAGCCAUCGCUCUCCAAAAACCAUACAGUGACGUAAUCACGGGUGUCAUGUAGGGUGCGAUGGCUGCCCUGGUGAUCUUUGCCAGUGCUGGCUGCCUGGUGUGGCGUUGCAGGCAAGUUUAGGGGACACAAGCAUCAAGUCAUGCGGAGCUGCAGGAAGUCAACACUACUUCACCUACCAACGAGAAGCAUAGACAUGGCCUCUCAAAAAUGUAUACUGGACAGGGCGUAAGUGAGUUGGGUGGGUCAACCACAGGUCAUGCCGUGGAUCUAUACAAUACAGGUAGAUCGAGACGAGGUGUAACGAGUCGUCUGCAAGACAGAUAUAGGUGGCCCACAAUGGACACCCCGUC